GCCGAGCAAACUCCACCGUCUUUCACAGCAGACCACCAAAGGCCGCGAGGAGCCGCGAUAACAGCAUCAUCUGCUGUUAUUCCGCUCUGCCACAUCAAUGACACUGAACAGUGUUGGAACUCACCCUUUUUCAUAAGAGAUUAUUUUCAUAGACGCUUUUGUUUUCUUUUCUACUGACUUUUUGUACAUUUUAAUUUUCUGGUCACCAUGGUGCUAGGAAAGGUGAAGAGCUUCGUUGUAAGCUACGACUGUCUCAAUGACAGUAAUGUCCCCGUCUUCUCCAGCGGGGACUGUGUCUCAGGAAGGGUCGUCAUCGAAGUGACCGGAGAGAUCCGAGUCAAGUCCCUGAAAAUACACGCAAAAGGAUUUGCGAAAGUUCGUUGGACCGAAUCGCGAAAUGCUGGAUCCAACACUGCCUACACUCAGAAUUACACAGAGGAAGUGGAGUAUCUCAAUCACAGAGACAUCCUCAUUGGCCAUGAAAGAGAUGAUGAUAACUCCGAGGAAGGUCUCACCACCAUUCAUUCAGGAAGACACGAGUAUGCAUUUAGCUUUGAGCUUCCACAGACACCUUUGGCUACCUCCUUUGAAGGGAAACAUGGCAGUGUGCGCUACUGGGUGAAGGCAGAGCUGCACAGGCCCUGGCUUUUGCCCAUGAAGUCCAAGAAAGAGUUCACUGUCUUCGAACACAUCGACAUCAACACUCCCCUCCUGCUGUCUCCCCAGGCAGGCACAAAAGACAAGACAUUAUGCUGCUGGUUCUGCACCUCAGGUCCAAUCUCCCUAAGUGCCAAAAUCGAAAGGAAGGGUUACACCCCAGGAGAAUCCAUUCAGAUCUUUGCCGAGAUCGAGAACUGCUCCUCUCGUAUGGUCGUGCCAAAGGCUGCCAUCUACCAAACGCAGACCUUUUUUGCCAAAGGGAAGAUGAAGGAGAUCAAGCAGCUGGUGGCCAACCUCCGAGGGGAGUCGCUGUCUUCUGGAAAGACGGAGACAUGGAACGGGAAAAUGUUGAAGAUCCCUCCUGUGUCGCCGUCCAUCCUGGACUGCAGCAUCAUUCGAGUGGAGUACUCACUCAUGGUCUACGUUGACAUUCCAGGCGCUAUGAAUCUAUCACUCAACCUGCCUCUGGUGAUUGGCACCAUCCCUCUCCAUCCCUUUGGCAGCCGGACAUCCUCUGUCAGCAGCCAGUGCAGCAUGACCAUGAGCUGGCUGGGUAUGAGUCUCCCAGAGAGGCCUGAAGCUCCCCCAGCUUAUGCAGAGGUGGUCACAGAAGAACAGAGACAAAGCUGCCUGGAGGUGUCCUCGGGCCGUGAGGACUUUGAUGGCCCACUGUUUGCCUACAUCCAAGAGUUCCGCUUCCAGCCUCCUCCUCCAUACUCUGAGAUUGAUCCAAAUCCAGACCAAGCCAGACGGACGGAGGAGCGGAGGCCAGACACGUGUCCGUCACGUUGAGCGGCUCAUGGCACCAGCCCAGAGCAGUCGGGCCCUCCAAACUCUCAUCUUUUUGUUUUUUUCCCGGCGACAACAAGCGCACAAGCGCCACUGUCGACGUUGGGAGAAAACAAACACAUGCAGGAGAAAAGACAGAAAGGUGCAGGAAGUCGCUGCAGCAUCACUUCCUGCCUGCCCCGGGGACAUGUGGUCACGAUGCUCAUCUGUGUCAAACCCUGUGGACAGACGUACCUGGUCGGACUGAGCCACCAGGAUUUCAUCAGCCUAGUUUUUGUGGUCCUCACGCUUCUUUGUGUAACUGUGGCACAAAACAUGGUUCUGUAGCGUGGGGCUAUCUAGAGACUCGAGAAGAAAAACACAAAGAGGAAACACUAUACAGUACAGUACAAUGGAGAAAAGACUACCUUCCUCCUGCCUCAGUUGUGGAUUUUUUUUUUGCACAUCUUCUGUUUUUUCGUUGUUGUUGUUGUUAUUGUUGUUGUUUGCUUGAGUUAUGUAGCUCAGUUUUCACUAAUAGUUUUGUUCUCUGUGUCUUGCUAUAAAAUGACUAAGUGAUUGCAGGCUUAUAACUUAGUCUUGCUUUAUCCGCACAACUAUGAACAAUGCAGAGAAUAGAUCCAGAGGUAAAUAGCAGACUAAAAAAAAAGCCACGCUCUGAUCUAGUUUCAGCCGUUCUUAGGUGGUUCUCUUUUUUCUUAAUUGUGUUUCCUCUUAAGGCCAUGCAAAUGACAAACUGCCUGGCAGCAUACACCAUAUGAAGGCCCUUCAUUGCCUUCAUAUCGUUGCCUGUAUGACUAUGGCUUUUCUAUUUUUUUUUCCCUCCUGUUCACACGGACGCCAUAUGUAAGGUCUAAAAUAGAAUGGCUUCGAUCUUCGUUUGCCUGGUGUUUAUGUUGUAGCGCAUGUUUCGUGGUGGAGAAGCAGAAGACGAGCGCUUGCCACUUGCAUGUGUAGGCAGGGUGGAGAGAUAAAACAGGGUGGGACCCAGCAGGCUACCCACGAACGGCCUGAACAGUUUGUUGCCUUUCUAUUUGUAGUGUAACGCAGUGCAGGCUUCUAUAGAGUACUGCCUAAAAAAAGCACUCAGUCUCAGGAGAACUUCUCACUUGCCAAAUGGUUGGAAACAAAAUCUAUAUAUAUAAAUAUAUGAAAGACUAUAUUUCAUUUGCACUGUUUGAAAGCGUGAAAGGACAUAGGUGGGAGACAUAAGUAGAUUAGUUAAACAGAAAGAGAGGAGACAUGCAUGGAGAUGCAAGGCAGCUUUCUAAGACCAGAGACAUUCCCUUUUUGUCCUGUUGUUCGUGCAGACUUCAUUCGCCACAACAUUCCCCCAGGCCAGUGAUGGGAGAUAUGAUUCAGAGCAGCUGAAAGAAAUGGUGGAGCACCCUAAAAGGAGGCAGGAGGGCUUAAGAGUCAUGCCGUAGAGAAAGAAGACACAGCCAAACUGUGGCUCACUUUGUACCCAGGUGGCCACCGAAAGGCGUCACAAGUUGAAAUGAGUCAUACAUUGGUUUUUAAAACUCAUUCAACACCUAAGCUAGUUUAAGAUCGAUUGAGCCUUAAUCGUAAAGCGCCUUUAACACAAAAAAUCUGAUCAUAUCUUGUUGAGGCCUGGAGAAAGUUUGGCCAUUCAAUCAUUUCCCAUUGAAAAUGUUUUGAUACAUCACUUAAACUCGCAACCUUAGCAAGGAUGGUAUGAAUGGUCACUGUCAAGUAGCCGACGAGUGCGUGUAUGUGUCGUUUGUGUUUUGAGUGAGGAUGUAGACUUCAGCAGGUUUUUUGACUACUCCUUCAAACAUAAACGGACUAAUUAAAGUGGUCUUAUCAUAGUGGCCUUGACGAACUGACCAGAUUAUGGCUCAUCACUCGUGUUCAUUACGACUUCUAACCUUCUGAUUGUUUGUGUGUUGUCUGAAUUUUUUUUUUCUUUUUUUAAAAGGACAAAAAGGGAAAACCAAGUAGUCCUUUAAAGCGCGCACUGAUCCCCAGACACGCCACUCUUAAUUUGCUAUGGCUUAAAUCCCACUUUGCAAUGACUAGUUUUGAUUGUUUUUCAUGGGCAUUUAGGGUUUGUUUUCUGGUCAAACGACCUGGUGCAGUUGUGUUUCUCUCACCUCUUUUAUUUUGGGAACAAUGUGGUUUAGCACACCUUCAGAGAACUGGGUUGUCAAUGAACUGAAUAGUUCUAACUAUUCUGAGACAAAGCAGCCCACUUCUCCUUUUUGUCUGUUUUGUGUGUUUGUCGUUAAUUUCUGUUUUAGAUAAUUCACACCUGGCAAAAUCACAACUGGCAAGUGAUUUGGGCCUUAGGUAAAACGAUAAGCUUAAAGAAAAAUAAGUGCUUGGUUGGUCAGUUCCAGUGUCCAGUGCUUGGCCUUCCAAUGUAGUCCAGUGUUAAAGCUAAACUCUUAACUCUCUGUGAGGAAUAAAAUGAGUAGAAUGUUGGGUGGGGAUGUGUUUUUUUUUUUUUCUUUAGAAACUAAGUGCAAUAUUACCAGUUUGAGUUAAUUUACUCACAUUGUUAUAUCUUCCGUUUGUCUCUUCUGUGUUUUAUUUCAGUGAUCAUUAUCAACACUACAUAUUGUUAAUCUGCAAUUUCAUUUUUUGGAAUGGUUUGGAACUUUGUCUUAGUUCUUCCUCUGAGCUAAAUAAACUUUUUUUCAAGCAUUAAAAA